UUGUAUUCUUAUACACGCGCGCGGGGUUCUUUCAGGUUAGGAGCGGCGAAUGGAGCCGAACGUGCGCGCAAGACGUUGCGCAGAAUUCAGAGACUGGCAUAACGAGUGUGUGACAUGACUGCGCUGCAUAAUUUUCACGUGCUUACCUAUUUUAUUCUUAUUAUUCAGCGAUUCUCAAUAUUUUAUACAAACGUUUUUAGUGCAGAGAAGCCGUGGAAGGAAGGCAGCCUGUGCGAUCUUCAACCAAGAAAAAGGACCAACUCGGGAGGCGGACUUUGCCGUUUCCAGGGUUUUUCCGGUUUGGAGCUGCUGAAUUUCGGAAGCAGCAGGAUCAGAAUGAGUGCCACAAAGGACUUUCCAGAUAUCGACGAGGAAUUGUAUUCCCGCCAACUCUAUCUGCUGGGGCAUGAGGCCAUGCAGAAGAUAGCUACAGCAACGGUGCUGAUUUCUGGAAUGACGGGGCUGGGGGUCGAGAUUGCCAAGAAUGUGAUUCUUGCCGGUGUGAAAUAUGUCACUCUCCAUGACGAAAAUGAUGCCCAGUGGAGUGACCUGUCCUCACAGUUCUACCUGUCAGAGAAUCAUGUGGGGCAAAACCGAGCUAAGGUUUCCCAGGAACAACUCUCCACGUUAAAUAGCAAGGCCGAGGUGAAAUUUAACACCAGUAAACUGACGGAGAACUUCUUGGAUACUUUCAAGGUUGUGGUCCUGACCAACUCAUCCUUGGAGGAACAGCUGGAUAUCAGUGAUUUCUGCCAUGCCAACCAAAUUUGCUUUGUCCUAGCUAACACAAAGGGCCUGGCUGGACAGGUUUUCUGUGACUUUGGAGAAAACUUUGUGGUGUAUGAUCCUUCAGAAGCUGAGCCUAUAUCUGCUGCCAUUAAACACAUCACCUUGGGUAAUCCUGGUCUCUUGACUGUGGUCCAUGAUGAUGACCAGGAACAUGGCUUCAUGGAUGGUGACUGGGUGAUGUUUUCUGAGAUUGAGGGGAUGACACAACUGAAUAGUUCUAAGUCUACGAUCCGUGUGAAAGGAAACACCCUGGAAAUUGGAGACACGUCUUCCUUUUCUCCCUACCAGCGUGGUGGGAUCAUCAGUCAGGUCAAGAUGCCUCAAAAACACUCCUAUUUGUCUCUGCGAGCCUGCAUGGAUAAUCCCAAGAUCAACACCCAAGACAGAAAUAAAUUUUUUCGUUAUCGCACUCUUCAUGCAGCCUUCCAGGCACUUCACACAUUCCAGAAAAAAUUUGGUCGACUUCCUAGGCCUCAGAAUCAGGCAGAUGCAGAUAUGUUAAUAGAGCUGGUGAGGACCCCAGCUAUGGAGGCUAUGGAUCAGGAACAAGAGAAUCUGAUACGGACGUUUGCAUAUGGAUGUAUGGGGGAUCUGAGCCCUAUGAAUAGCCUUAUUGGAGGCCUUGCUGCCCAAGAAGUCCUAAAGGCUGUCUCGGGGAAGUUCACCCCUUUGGAGCAGUGGCUGUACUUUGAUGCCUAUGAAUGCCUGCCUGAAGGGGAGCAGCUGACAGAGACAAACUGUGCCCCAUGUGCUAGUCGCUACGAUGGGCAGAUUGCUGUCUUUGGGGCUGACUUCCAAAAACAACUUGGGAAGCAGAAGUAUUUCCUGGUAGGAGCAGGCGCGAUUGGCUGUGAACUCUUGAAGAAUUUUGCAAUGAUUGGCUUGGCUGCUGGAGAGGGUGGGAAGAUCACUGUGACAGACAUGGACAUCAUUGAAAAGUCCAACCUGCACAGGCAGUUCCUAUUUCGACGACAAGAUGUAUUUAAGCAGAAGUCAGAAGUGGCUGCAAAUGCCAUAAGACUUAUGAAUCCCAAUAUCAAUAUAAUAGCUCAGCAGAAUCAGGUUGGGCCCAACACAGAACACUUCUAUGGGGAUGACUUCUUCCUGGAUUUGGAUGGUGUAGCCAGUGCCCUGGACAGUUUUCAAGCCAGAAACUAUGUGGGUGAAAGAUGCGUGCGCUACCUCAAACCUCUGCUCGAUUCUGGGACCCAUGGCACCAAGGGACACGCCCUGGUCUUUGUGCCUUACCUGACAGAGACACAUGGACAAAUUCAGGAUGGGGACAGAAGAGAGUUCCCUCUCUGCACUCUGCGCUAUUUUCCCAGCAACAUCCAGCACACUAUUCAGUGGGCCCGAAAUCAAUUUGAGGAUCUUUUCAAAAAAAGAGCAGAAGAUACUAAUACAUUUCUGAGGGAUCGCACCUGCCUUGAGAAAGAAGGCACGGAAGCUUUGGAGAUGCUGAAUCUAGUGAAGACGAGUCUUCGGGAGCAGCCACAUUGCUGGCGAGACUGCGUGGUCUGGGCCCGGAGACUUUGGGAGCGUCUUUUCUGUCAUGACAUCCUGCAGUUGCUGCACAACCUUCCACCUGAAUAUGAGAAAAGAUCUGGACUUCCAUGCCCCCACGAACUGCAGUUUGACUACAGCAACCCCACCCAUGAGGCCUUCAUUGUGAUUGCCAGUCGCCUCUUUGCCAAGACACACAGGCUGCUUGUUCAUGAAGAACAAGCUAUUACCUUCCAAGUCCUCCGUGAUAUGCAUCUCCCAUCCUUCCAACCAUGUCAAGGGAUGAAAAUCCCUGUUACUGAUGAAGAUAUUUCAACACUACCAAGUGCUACUGAUCAGUCAGCACUGGUACAACUGAAGCAAGAAUUGGGAAAGUUAAGAGAGGAACUUGAAAAAGACAAUGCCCUCUUAUCUGGUCAUAUGGAGCCACUUCACUUUGGCAAGGAUAAUGACUCCCAUUUGAGUUUCAUCACGCAUGCAGCCAAUCUGCGAGCUGAGAACUAUGGCAUCUCUCCAGUGGAUAAGUUCCAGGCCAAGAGGAUUAUGGGCCGGAUUGUACCUGCUAUUGCCACAACCACAGCUGCUGUAGCUGGCCUGACCUGCCUGGAGCUUUACAAACUAGUGUGGCAGCACAAGGAUCUCAGUUCCUAUCGCCAUGACUUCCUCCAGCUCUCUCAGCCCUUCCUCAGUCGCUCCCAGCCUGUGCCAUGUCCACAAGUGUACAAGUAUCAGCAGAAGACAUGGAGCUGCUGGGACAGAAUUACUGUGCCUGGUUUUAAUUCCAAAGGAGAAGUUAUUACCUUGAGAGACUUCUGUGAUCAUAUCCAGAGGGAGCAUGAUCUUGUGCCUCGGAAGUUGCUGUUUGGGAAAGCCACCCUCUAUGAUAAGGAAGAGCCGAUCGUAGAGCAACAACUUUCUUUCUGCCUGACAGAAUUGAUUCACAAAAUCACUGGAAAGUCAAUCCCCAAGGAGUGUCAUCUUUUGGAAUUGUCAAUGAUCUGUGAAAAUGAAGAACUUGAUGAAUAUUUACCACCUGUCCAUAUCAUGCUUCAACCAACAAGUUGUCAAAAAUAAGUAACUUUGUGUAACAGAUCAGAAAGGAAGCAAUCUCGCUAAAUCAGACAGAAGCACUGAAAGUGACUGCUCUAAACUCAAAUUAAUGCAAGAACGUGCUUUGAUGAACGGAUGAAGGUGAUGUGUCCUCUCCAAUGCAUCAACUUAAAUAUGCCUGCAGAAGUCAUCAUAUCCUUGAUAAUUUAUUGGAAAUGAAUAUGAAGUGCCAUCUACCAAGCUUCUUUUGUUGUACCCUGUCUUGUUAUGGUCCUAUAUCAGUUGGGUGUGUGACAACAUUACAUUAAACUGUUUUGCUUUGCCAGAAAGUUUAUUGAACUGCCACCUUCCUUCAGUGUUGGUCUGUGAUUUGUAGGCAGCGCUGCAAAUGUGGGUGGGGAUUAGGCUAAUUGUAGUCCAACACAGCUGGAAGGCCUGAGCAGGCUAGGAACAUCUGCCUUAAAGGAUGGGAUAUUUUCAUUAUCUUGGCAAUGAGAGACCUAAUCUUCAGUGUUCAACUAGUAUUAGAUGAGACAGCUUGAAGGACACACUAGGAGAGGUUUUGGAAAGCCAGUCCCAAUUAGAGCAGACAGCGUUGGGCUGCAUGUAGCAAUAAUCAACCAGCAAGCUUUCAGCUGUCCCUGUGUUUUGAAUCAGUGCAAUGGGAAGAGAGGCCUUGGAGUACUGUGAAAUAUUUAGGAGGCGCCAUUUAGUGCUGUAGUUGAGGGCAAAAUCUGAGCUUAAAUGCCUUGAUUGUUGAUUGGGCAGCAUGGCACAAACCAUUAUCUUUUCCCUUACAGUAAAAUGUGAUUAUCAUGGGGAUGAAUGAGACUUUGUAAAUCAUUCAUUAUGCAUGCCCGAAAGGAAGAUCAGAAGCUGCCUCAUGCAAGGGUUUCAUCUAGCUCGCUACUGUCUCUGUACUUAAAAGUUACGGAGUUCUUUCAAGCCCUGCGUAUUGAUACCAAGGAUAAAAUGGGCAUCUUGCAUUUAAAAUAUGUGCUCUCCCUUGUUACACAUUGUUACCAAUGGAAUUGAUAGUGCUCAUUGCUCUUCAGGAUAAACCACAGCCUUUCUGAUUUUGGCCACCCGAACUUCAUGAAGGAGAGCUCUUUGCUUCCACUUUUGUAGAUAGAUCCAGAAGAAACUUAUGUAUUUGUAAGCAAUUAUUCCUAAACUGCUUUUGCUUAUUGUCCACCCAUUAGUCUUAGCUGUUCUGUCCACUUCUCUGUUAGCUGUUCAGAUCCAUCUUCGUUGUGUCAGCUCUAUAGAUACCGGUAGUCCUCAACUUACGACUGUAAUGGAGUCUGCCCAUUAUAAUCACAAGUCAUGAUGGUCGUAAAAUAAGUUAUCAUGUGACCAACCUGAUUAUACAAGCUGUUUUUUGCAGCAGUUAAGUGCAGCCAUUGUUCACUAUGGGGUGUUUUUGCCAAAAACAAAAAACAAAAACAGAAGUAAAUGUUGGUUUUCAACAAAAAUGUAAAUUGGGGUUACACAACUGCAGGUGGUGCAAAUGAUCAUAAAUGCAGGCCAGUUGCCGAGGUCUCAAAAUGAAUAUGGGAGGGAGCAGCUGUUGUAACUUUGGAACCAAAUUGCAAGUACCUUUUAGGGGACUCUUGUCAUUCUGAAUAGUCACUAAGUGAGCAGUCCUAAGUUGAGAACUAGCUUAUUUGAAAAACCGCUACUCUGUAAUUCCAUCAUCUUAUUUUGUCACACCUACUGAAACAUCCAGCUCUCUUUGAACUUGGUUUCUCACAUUUGAUUUUCCUUCUGAUAAGAAAGAUAGGAGUUUGCCUAUAAUGUUAAGAAUUGUUAGAACAAACUUGGCUGACAAGUUCCGUGUUUGUGAUUUGAUUUUUUCAGAAAAAGUGUGAGAACUUCACUCCUGUGAAACUUCUCAGGCAGCAUUAGUAAUAACAUCUGAUGAAGAUAACUGAGUGACUUUCCUUUCUUCACUUCUAAUUAAAAUGAAAUGCUUUAGAUUAGGUUCCUUUUGCACUUUAUGGCAAAUUGCCCUGUGACAAAUUGCAUCUUGUGUUUACAGUAAACUGCUAGCAACACAUUAAAGUAAUGAGACAGA